CGCCGUCUCUAUCUUCCGGAUAUAGCUCUGUUAUGUUGCCCACUUCUUCACGUUAUGGAGAUUGAGCAUAUGAUGGCAUAAGAUUAAUAUGGAGUGUUAGAUUUAAAAUAUCGGUUUGAAUCCUUUUAAACUCCUCUACAUUAGUUGACACACACAAAAAAUUCCUCUAAAACAUGUUAUAUAUUUCACUAAUAAAAUAAAAGAUGAUCCUCAAUCAUAUAAAUCGAAAUUAAAUUAAAUUGCUUUUAAUUUGGUAACUUUAUAAACCAGGAAAAUGUAUGGGCAAACAAAGAAAGAUAAUCUUUGUUCUUGUCCCAUUGGCCACGAAAAUAUACAUUACAGUUGAUUCACUGAUUGACUUCCCAGCUCCCUCAUUCCCCAUAUGGAAAGACCUCCGAAACAUCCUUUAUUUUUAUGUAACUUUCGUCCUCUUUUCUAAUAUUUUGCUGAAACUCUUACCCAAAAAAAAAACUAAUAGCACAAGUAUAGAAAGAAAAAAAGAAUUCUGGAUGAUAUAGUUCUGCAAACUAAUUUUUCUAAAAAGACUAAAAUAGAUCCCAACACUAUAGAACAAGGUAUAUAUAUCUGUUUAAGAGAAACAAAAUGCCAUAUAAUGACUAACUAAACCAACAAUGUCUUAAAAUUCUAGUUGGUACGACAAAUCAAAUAAAGAAGAUAAGCUAAAAUGAACAACAGAAGUCAACAGUCAAAGUCAACCGUUAAGAAAAAAAAAAUCCCCUCCAAUAAGUUUUCCAUAGCUUGUUUGCUGAGAAGCUCCAGACAAACACUGUCGUCCUCUUCGCCUUCUUCUUCUCCAUGGCUGUUACUUCUUUUCUUGAUACCCUUUUCAGAAGAAGAAAGAAAAAGUAUACAGAUUCCAUAAGCAGUAAGUCUUCAGUUUCUUCUCAAUUUAUCCUCCUCAAAUCUGACUCAAAAACCCCAUAGAUAUUUAUUCUUACUUUAACUCUGCUAAAUUCAUUUUUCAAAAAAAAAAAAAAAAACUCUGCUAAAUUCUGCAGUUUUCGAAUACGACUUUGACACCAUUAGAGGUGCAACUAAUGAGUUCUCGGACCUGAUUGGUCGUAGCCGUUGUGGCUCUCUUUACAAGGGUAAGCUUCAAAGCGGACAAGAAAUAGCAGUCAAGAUACCUUGCACUAGAAAUGACAGAGAGUUUCUUAAUGAAAUCAAUCUUUUGCGAAAGCUCAGGCACAAGAAUCUGAUCCAUCUUCUUGGUUUCUGCUCUAAAAAAGACCAACAUUUUCUUGUUUAUGAGUUCAUGCCUAAUUCAAGCCUUGAUCAUUUUAUAUUCGACCCAUUUAGAGCUUCUCAGCUAAGUUGGGAUGUGCGUAGAAACAUUGUCGUAGGCGUAGCUCGAGGGUUACACUACCUUCAUGAAGAAUCUGGAUUGCAGAUUGUUCACCUCGACAUUAAACCUAGUAACAUUCUUUUGGAUGAAGAUUUUCAACCAAAAAUCACAGGGUUUGAAGUGGCGAGGCUGAUUCAAGAUGGCCAAAACGAAGCAAAAUCAACUAGACUUUUCGAUGCUGCUGGAUAUAUAGAUCUACAUUUCCACCAAACCUUGCGUUUUUCUACCAUAACUGAUGUCUAUACCUUUGGGGUUACCAUCUUGACGAUCAUAGCCAGAAGAAGCAUUCAUAGUUCGAACGAAGAAACUCUAAUCCAAUAUGCUCUGAGAUGCUGGACCAGAGGAGAAGCCAUCAAUAUGAUCGAUGAAGUCAUGAUAAAAGAAGAAAGAGAAGAUUCAGUAAGCGAAAUAUUGAGAUACAUUCACAUUGCUCUGCUCUGUGUCGAUCUCAAUACAAGGCCGAGUUUAGAUGAAGUUCUUCAUUGGUUUAGCUAUUUCUCUACUCCUUUACCUGAACCAAGAAUUGGUGAUCAGUCUCUUGUAGAGGGAGAAACAAUUGAUAAUAUGUCUCUUGAAGAGAGAGAAACAAAUUGGUUAUUGUCGCCAUCUCCCGGAUAUGGCUCUCCUAUGUCACCCGUGUCUCCACGUUAAGGAGACUUAAGUGUCGUGGAAUGAAUUUAGCUCUACUUGAUGAAUUCUCUUUUUAUUUCUUUGUUGAGAGUUUAUAAUGAAAUUGAUAUAUGGCUUACUCUUAUAAAACAAAUAGAAUCCAUAUCUAGAUAUUUGAUUCAAUAUCUACAUUCUAUAUGUUUAUAAAUUCAGUUUUUGCAUGGGUA